UUAUAGUAAUUUGGUAAUAUCCAUAAAUUGCAUCCAAAUUUAACAACAUUUUCUAUCAUGCAAAAGCUUGAUGAUGACAGCGACAAUUGGGAAAAACAAAUCAGGAACCAGCCAAAAGCAUCCCUUAGAAAAAUCAGAAAGAAAAUCCAAGGGUCAAGAACCUUAUCCCAACUGCUAAAACAAUACCAGGCCAAUAGAGCAAUUGCUCUACUCUGCCUUGGACGACCAGGAUGCCGUCUAUCUUGCUGAACUCAAGGACCCAAUUCUCCUUAGAUUCAAAAAAUGCAGAGACCACCCUGUCUCUGCUCCAAAGAUGUUCGAAUGUAGAUGAACUAAAGCAGAUUCAUGGACGGAUGCUUAAAACAGGCUUUGUUCGUAAUAGUGUCCUCACGAGCAAGUUCCUUUCUUGCUGUGUCUCAACUAAUUCCAGCAAUUUAGUUUAUGCGCAGAUGGUUUUUGACAGAAUUAGCAGACCAAACACCUUCACGUGGAACAUUAUGAUCAGAGGAUACUCACAGAGCAAUGAACCAGAACAGGCCCUCCUGCUCUACACCCAGAUGAUUUCUCAUUCAGUUGAACACAAUGGUUAUACCUUCCCAUUCCUGCUCAAAGCCUGUUCUUAUCUUUCGGCCUUGCAAGAAGCAAAACAAAUCCAUGCCCACAUCGUUAAGUUGGGAUCUGGCUCAGAUGAGUAUGCCAUAAACUCCCUUCUUCGUGCUUAUGCAGUAUCCGGGAGCAUCCCAUCUGCAAAUCUGCUCUUCAACCAAGUCUCAGAAGGCAAUGUUGUUUCAUGGAAUUCAAUGAUUUAUGGCUAUGCAAAGUGUGGGAACAUGGAAAAAGCUUUUGAACUUUUUGAAAAUUUGCCAAUAAAGAAUAUUAUCUCAUGGACUACAAUGAUUUCUGGCUGUGUUGGGGCAGGCAUGAAUAAGGAAGCUUUGAACUUAUUUCAUGCAAUGCAGGAUGCAGGUGUCAAACCUGAUAAUGUAGCUCUGGCAAACACUCUAUCAGCUUGCACAAAUCUAGGGGCACUGGACCAAGGCAGAUGGAUUCAUAUAUAUAUAAACAAAACAAGAAUAGAAAUAGACCAGGUAUUGGGCUGUGUUCUUAUAGAUAUGUAUGCGAAGUGUGGUGAUAUGGAAGAAGCUCUUGAAGUGUUCAAGAAAAUGAAGAGGAAGUGUCUCUCUACCUGGACUGCAAUAAUUUCUGGUUUUGCCAUUCAUGGUCAUGGAAGAGAGGCACUUAAUUGGUUUGCACAAAUGCAAAAAGAUGGAAUCAAGCCUAACGCAAUCACCUUCACAGCAAUUUUGACAGCAUGUAGCUAUGCAGGACUAGUUGCUGAAGGCUAUACAUUGUUUGAGAGCAUGGAGAGAAACUAUGACCUGAACCCAAGCAUAGAGCACUACGGUUGCAUGGUUGAUCUACUAGGCCGAGCAGGAUUGCUUAAGGAAGCAGUACAGUUGGUGGAAACAAUGCCUGUACAACCAAAUGCCAUCAUCUGGGGGACACUGCUGAAAGCCUGCUGGAUGCAUAGAAACGUUGAAUUAGGUAAACAUAUAGGAGAAAUUCUGAUUGAAAUAGAUCCUAACCACGGUGGCCGAUAUAUUCAGUUGGCAAGCAUCCAUGCUCUGGCAGGGGAAUGGGACCGAGUAAUUGAAGCAAGAAUGCGGAUGAAACAACAAGGAGUUUCAAAGCUUCCAGGAUGCAGUUCAAUAAGCAUCAACGGGAUCGUCCAUGAAUUUUUAGCUGGACAUCGAUCCCACCCAAAUAUGAAAGAAAUACAAUACAUGUGGAACAAGAUUGCAGAAAGAUUAAGGUAUUCAGGAUAUAAACCUGUCAUAGAGCCUCUGCCACUUGAUCUGGAAGACGAGGAGAAAGAAACAGCAAUACAUCAGCACAGUGAGAAGCUUGCUAUUUCAUUUGCACUAAUAAAAACCAGACCUGGAACUACAAUUCGGAUCACAAAAAAUCUUCGGGUCUGCGAGGACUGCCACAUAGUGGCAAAACUUAUUUCUAAGAUAUAUGCCAGGGACAUCAUAAUGCGGGACAGAACACGGUUCCACCAUUUCAGGGAUGGGAAGUGUUCUUGUGGGGAUUACUGGUGAAAAUAGUAGCCACCAAAUACACUCAUGGUAGAAAAAUAAAUAACAAAUAUGUCAAUCGAAGAUGCAACAACUUGAAUUUUACAUUAUUGAGAAUCCAUGAUUA